AUGGAGAAAAAUGCAAUUCUUCUCCUAAUUCUUCAGGUAACCCUACUUUUCACGUGAAAAAACUUCAUUUUAAAGUUUUCAGCUUCUCCUAAUCAAUAUUUUCCUUAAUUGCGCCUCGAAAAAGGAUAAAAAUAAAGGAAAUAAGGGAAAGAACAAGAACAAGAGGAAAGAGGAAGAGUCAGGCGACGAGACACAGGAAGAGGAAGAGGAGGAGACUGAGACAAGUUCAGAGAGACGCAGACGAAAAAGGAAGGAGAGGAAAAAGAAGAAGGGAUCGAAAUCAAAGUCAAAAUCGAAAUCACAUUCAAAAGAGGCUACGGGAACACCGGAGAAAAAAGUUGAGCUAACUCCAUUUGCAAAUCCUCAAGCACCGCCUCCAGAACCAAAAGCGCCAGCAGUUGGUGGAGUAAUCGCAGAAACUUACGACCCUAAUUAUCAAACCUUGGCUGGCCUUAACAAUGACCAGGUCUUCGGGAAAGCUGCGGGUCCCGAAGUUCCACCAGCACCAAAAGCACCAGCUGUUGGUGGAGCCAAAGCCGGCACUUAUGAUCCCAAUUAUCAAACAUUGGCUGGUUUGAACAAUGCGGAAAUUUUCAAGGAGAAAAAACCAGCUGCUCCGGUGUUUCCGACUGCGGCUGCGGUUGCAGCGCCCGCUGGAAAUCCGAAUGGGAAACCGAAAGCUCCGGAGAAUCGAGCUGCCAAAGCGGCGACUUUUGACCCGAAUUAUCAGACAUUGGCUGGAUUGAAUAAUGCGGAUAUUUUCAAGAAAUAA